AUGCGCAGCCCACGGCAGAGAUACAGCGAUGAGUCGGGCAAGGAGGGCAAGUUUCUUAAGAAGAAGAGCGGGUUCUCGAGCAUCUUCUCCAACCUCGUGGGCACGCCGCGAAAGCCUACGAUAUCUGCGCCGGAGAACCCAGUGCAUGUGACGCACGUUGGAUACGAUCAAGAGACUGGGGAAUUCACGGGUUUACCCAGGGAAUGGCAGCGCACGCUUCAAGCGAAUGGCAUCACCGAACAGGAGCAGAAGAAGAACCCACAGGCCAUCAUCGAUGUGGUCACAUUCUUCAACGAGAACAACGACAAUGGAAGCGAUGAUUGGACAUACCACAAGUUCGAUAACGCGAAACCGCACGAAAGCCCGUCACAGUUGACACCACAUGGCUACCAGCAAAGCGCACUCAGCUCGGGAGGGUAUGGCCAGAUGAUGAGCCCUCCAGCAAGUCCUCGAUUUCCCAAGAAUGAAGGCGAAAGCUUUGAAAACCCACGAGCGCCGCCUCCCGUACCCAAAGGCUCAGCUCCAGGGCUUGGGCUCAGCACACCUGUCAGCCCAGCAAUGAAUGGCAACAUGCUCCCAUUGCGACCAGCACCGAAAGCUCCAGGGUCUCAUUCACAGAACAUGGUACCGCAACGACCGGCACCUCCAAUCCCAAGUCCUCAACGCGAGGCGCCUCGAAACGAUAGCGGACUGCCAGCUGUGAGAUACGCGCCUCCCACGGUGACAGACAUAUCGUCCAAUACACAGCCAGCUCAAAAUCGAAGUCGAUCCAACACUGGCCCGGCGAAUCAAACCUACUCACCCGUAUCGUCACCUCAGGAGUACCAGCAGCAGCAGGAACAGGCCAUGAAGAAUGCGCAGCAAGCACUGAAGCAGACUUCACUCGAAAGGUCACAAUCUCAGAGAAAUCCCAACAACGUGUACCAUCAACAACAGGCGCAGCCACAGCAAACAUUACCCUCGCCGAUCGAUUCAAGACAACUCGCUCACCCCGCUGCUGCGGCAGACCCAAGGGUUGGACCAGCACCACGACCCAGACAGCGUCCGCGACAAUCAAUCACCAAUGCGGAAGUCUUGACCCGACUGCAGCACAUCUGCAACAGCUCCGACCCAACCAAGAAAUAUCGAAACCUCAUCAAGAUUGGACAAGGAGCUUCUGGUGGCGUGUACACGGCGUUCGAGGUUGGCACAAACAAAUGCGUGGCCAUUAAGCAAAUGAACUUGGAGCAACAGCCAAAGAAGGACCUGAUCAUCAACGAGAUCCUUGUCAUGAAAGACAGCAAGCAUAAGAACGUUGUCAACUUCAUGGACAGUUUCCUGGUCAAAGGCGAUCUCUGGGUGGUGAUGGAGUACAUGGAGGGUGGGAGUCUGACAGACGUUGUGACCUUCAACAUGAUGUCUGAAGGUCAGAUAUCUGCUGUUUGCCGGGAGACGCUUCACGGCCUGCAAUUCCUACACUCCAAGGGCGUCAUCCACCGUGACAUCAAGUCAGACAAUAUCCUGCUCUCCAUGGAAGGCAGCAUCAAACUGACCGAUUUCGGAUUCUGCGCACAAAUCAAUGAAUCGCAUAUGAAGCGGACGACAAUGGUCGGUACGCCGUACUGGAUGGCCCCUGAAGUCGUGACGAGGAAGGAGUAUGGCCGAAAGAUCGACAUCUGGUCACUCGGCAUCAUGGCGAUUGAAAUGAUCGAAGGCGAACCACCGUAUCUCACAGAGUCACCUCUUCGUGCUCUGUACCUGAUUGCUACGAAUGGAACGCCUGCCAUCAAAGAGGAGCACAACCUGACGCCUCUGUUUAGAGACUUCCUUGGAUUUGCAUUGAAGGUGGACCCAGAUAAGAGAGCAUCGGCACACGAUCUGCUCAAGCAUGGCUUCAUUCAGACAGCAGAACCCUUGGCGACUCUUGCACCGCUCGUUAAGGCCGCUCGACUUGCACGUGCCGAGGAGCGUAAGAACAAGGGCAACUAG